AUGGAGAAAGAAAUAAAACCCGAAGAACUAAUUCCAUUAGUUCACGAAAGAGCGGUCCUUUGGGAUAAAACUUUAAAUGACUACAAAAAUAAUAAUCUGAAACUAUUGGCCUGGCGCGAAAUUUGUAGCAUACUAAUACCUAAUUUUGAAAACAUGGAAGAAAAAGAAAGACAACAUUUCGGUAUCCUACCCUCUGUUACGUCUUUCGACGAUGACGAAAUGUUGGAGCUUCAAUCAGAUGUAUUAUCAAUGAUACAACAAAUCAAAAAGAAACGUGAAAACAGACUUUAUGCAAAUAAUUAUAAUUACGCGCGUGAUAGCACACGGCGAUCGGGGUAUUCGACACAGAAUUAUAAUUAUUUAUCUACCGAUGAAUCCGGAUAUUCCUCUCAAAACCAGGCUGUUCUUACACCACAUGGGUCUGGAUAUGAAAGACGUCAAACGUAUGAGGAAGGAUCGCCUGCUGCAUCUACUUGGUCGGAAAGUAUUGAAUUAAAUUUCUCCGAUUUUUGA